AGUACUAAUGCAACGUGUUAUUAAAAACCUGGCAACACUCAUCCGUAAAUACAAAACCAAAAACAGUUUUGAUAUUUGUUUAGAGUACCGCUAAUAAGAUAAUUUAAUUUGCUUGCAGCAAGUAAUUUAUUUAACUAUUUGUUCUGUUGAUUUUGAUUGCCAAAAUGUCUAAUCAAACAACACCUGAUGCUCUCUUUGAAAUUAAAAAUUCCUUCUUUAUUGGAAAUUAUCAAAAUUGCAUUAACGAAGCUCAAAAAACAAAGUUUAACAACCCAGCUCAUCAGCUUGAAAAAGAUAUCUUUAUGUACAGAGCCUAUAUUGCACAACAUAAAUAUGGAGUAGUGAUAAAUGACAUAAUGCCUUCCAGUCAGCAAGAAUUGCAAUGUAUUCAACUGUUGGCUUCUUACAUGAGUGGAGAUGCAGAUAAAAAAAAAAGUGUUGUUGACAAGUUGGAAAAAAAACUUCAAAGUAUCAACCCAGAAGAUAAAUUUUUACCUCUUGUUGGUGGACUAGUUUAUUACUUAGAAGAGAAUUAUGAUGCUGUUCUUCGUUUGCUUCACAAAAGUGAUAAUCUUGAAUGUUGUGCAUUGGCUAUACAAACUUAUUUGAAGAUAAACAGGGUCGACUUAGCUAUAAAAGAACUUAACUCCAUGAAAGAAAUUGAUGAAGAUUGCACUCUAACUCAACUCUGUCAAGCUUGGGUGUAUUUAACAAAAAAUGGAGAAAAAGUUCAAGAUGCCUACUACAUUUUCCAAGAAUUAAGUGACAAAUAUUCUUCAAGUCCUAUGCUAUUAAAUGGCCAAGCAGCUGCUUUGAUAGCUUUAGGAAAAUAUGAUGAAGCUGAGCCCCUACUGCAAGAAGCUUUAGAUAAGGAUUCAAAUUGUCCUGAGACUUUGAUCAACAUGAUUGUUUUAACUCAGCAUAUUGGGAAAAAUACAGAGGUUAGUGUUCGAUAUUUAAAUCAACUGAAGGAUUCUCAUGCUCUUCAUCCAUAUAUUAAGGAUUAUAAAACUAAGGAACAGGAAUUUGACCGUCUUGUAAAAGCCUAUGCACCUGCAUAAAAUUAUAUUACAACUUAUGGAUCUUAUUGUUUUGUUUUCUGAAUUUGUCAUCAGAAAUUGUAUAUUAUUAUUACUGUAUUAAAUACUUUUCUAUAAUGCA